AUGAUAAUUAUCAUAGCUGAAGGUAGGUACCAGAGGUAUGAUUCACUUAAACAAUUUGUGGAUAAUUUGAGAGAUGACUUUGAAAGUAUAGAAAAUGAAGCGAUUUUAUUGAGUGGCUGUACAACAUAUGAAUAUGAUAAAAAACGUUUUAAGAAGAGAAAACAACGAGUUGAUGAAUUAAUCGAAUCAGAAACUGAACAUCGUGGAAAAACAAAUGUUCAAAUAAAUACAUUUUACAUCAUUAUUGAUACCUUAACAACUCAAUUAAAAAUUAGAUCUGAAGCUUAUUCAGAUAUUCUGAAUAUUUUUGGAUGUAUCCCCGUGUGGCCGUGUUAA